UUCGCACAAUACCAACGCUAGAGGGGCAACGCCCAAAGCCAAGCCCAUAGGGGAUGAUGUGCAAGUCUUGGGUGGGUUUCCCAUGCCCAAACCCAAGCCCCACACCCAGCAGACUAACUGUUACAUAGGUUAUCAUUUGCAUUCCUCUCUUAACUCACAAACAGAUUUCUAUUUGCUAUCAGCAGAUACAUGAUGUUGGAGCACUCCCAAAUUCUUAGUUUUGUACAAAUUUACAUCAAUUUCCUCUCUUAACUGUCUUUAGGACCCCAAGUCACAAGACUGACUAGUUUCUUAAUUCGACCUGGUCUAUCCGCCACCCAUGCCAGGGGCCGUACAGAAGCAUGCUUCCGAUGUGGACAUUCCAGAGUUGCCACAGCCGCCACCACCAUCCGGGGCGCCUCAGUUUUCACAUCACGUUGUUCCAGGUCCUGACCCAGGAGCAACAGUGUAUCAACAGUUACAGGCUGAUGUCGACUGGCUUGCUUAUGCGUUGCAGUGGUUAGUUGAGGAGGCGCAGGAGCGACGACAGCGUGAGGGGUUACCUCCCCGACCGUACCAUCCAAGGGCCGUACAGAAGCAUGCUUCCGAUGUGGACAUUCCAGAGCUGCCACAGCCGCCACCACCGCCCGGGGCGCCUCAGUUUCCACAUCACGUUCCAGGUCCUGACCCAGGAGCAGCAGUGUAUCAACAGUUACGGGCUGAUGUUGGCUGGCAUGCUUAUGUGCUGCAGUGGUUGGUUGAGGAGGAGCAGGAGCGACGACAACGUGAGGGGUUACCUCCCCAACCAUACCAUCCAAGGGUCGUACAGAAGCAUGCUUCUGAUGUGGACAUUCCAGAGCUGCCACAGCCGCCACCACCGCCCGGGGCGCCUCAGUUUCCACAUCACGUUCCAGGUCCUGACCCAGGAGCAGCAGUGUAUCAACAGUUAAGGGCUGAUGUUGGCUGGCAUGCUUAUGCGCUGCAGUGGUUGGUUGAGGAGGCGCAAGAGCGACGACAGCGUGAGGGGUUACCUCCACGACCGUACCAUCCGCCUCCAGGAUGCCAUCAGCAGCAGGAUCCAUAGCCAUAGACGAGCCUGUUGCUCUUGUUUUUGUAUUCAGUAUUCGGUUAUAUUUUAUCUUUUGUUAUGUAUGUAUAAGCUUAUGUUGUCGUUUUUAUGUUGUUGGUUUAUGUGAUGCGUAUUUGUAUUA